UCAAUGUUCCCUUAGGUUUAAUUGACUGAAUUUCUAGGAAAUUAGUGAUGAGGCACAUACUGCGAAAAAAUGAAAGAAAAGUAAAUUAUAUAUAUAUACAUCAUUAAGUCUUUAUUAUAUACAUAUUAUUCUUAAUAUAUGAAGAUUAUAUAUAUUCUAUUCUGGUUUAUGGUCUAUUUUAUUACCAUGGCUAUUAUACACAAAUGUAUGCUGUAUACUAUAUGCUGUACAUAUAAAUAUAAUUUUUAACAUUUUUCCUAUAUAUAUGUGAAUGGAGCUCGCUUGUGUCCAGCGGUUGUGAUAUGAUAUGUUUGGACAAGUGAACGAAAAUGACGAAAUCUUUAUACAGUUGGUUUUACGCAACUUUUUUAUAUAAAUGAAUAUUUAUGGUUAUCUCUUAUCGUUAUUGUCUCUUCUCUAGGGCAAUAACUAUUUAUUUGUAUAUGAAACGCUUUGAGUGGCUCGUGCAAAUGUGUCUCGUUUUUAUUAAUUUUUCGAUGUUUUAAUAAUGUUUUAUUUGUACUUCUUUUACUAGGGCUGCAGACAUACGAAAGCAAUGGACUGUACAUUGAAUUUAUCAAAUUUGUACGAACUGUUAUACAACACUUUCCUAAUCACGGAAGAAGUGAAGGAAGUACUGAGGAAUGACUGUGAUGAAGCAGCAUUCGUUUUAAAACCAUGGCAAGUGAAAACCAUCGUAGAAAAACAAACAGAUGAAAACAUUUGUAAUUGUAAAAAAAAUGAAAGCGAAGCUGAGGAGAUUGCUGCAGGAAUAAGCAAAGCGAUAAUCCUGGCACAAGAGUUGCGGGAAAAGUUGAAACUUAAUGUAGCAUCGAAGAAGAAACCCUUGAGAAAAGACACAGUCGAAAACAUUUAUUUACCUAAAUCUGCAUCAAUUAGCGAUCACAAGAAAAUAUCGAGUAGCAAUGUUACAACUCAAAAAGCAAAUAUUGUGAAAAAUUCUGAUAAAUCUUGUAAAGGAUCUAGUGCACAUCAAAACGACAAAGCAACUUCCGUUGUAACGAGAAAAUCUGUUGGCAAUAUAAAGCGCAAUAAUGCAAUCGAUAAAAUGCAGUCAAAGACGUCAUUUGCAAAAGUUGCAGAAAAAUCAAAAAAAGAGAAAAAUUUUAUACUAAAAAAUAAAUUAAAUAUUAAAAAGAUAAGCACGGCAAAUAAAAUACAAGUUGAUGACAGUAAUGAUAUCCCACAAAAUUCAAGAAACUCCAUAACUGAAGCAUCUGCCGAAUUGAGUGAUUUAAUACAUAAAAUGGUGAAACAAUCUACCAAGAGCGCUCUAACUUCUGUUGAGAAUGAUUGUACAUUACACGGAAAAGACGUGCGUCAAUCUAUUCAAGAAAGUAUCAUAAUGAUAGAUGUAAUCGAAGCACUCCGACAUUUUAAUGUACCAAAUGAAAUUGUUAAGGUAUUGAGAACUUAUCAUGCUUUUUUAAAAACUGAAAUGGAUAAUUUGAAUGAUUCUAAAGAGGGUAUACAAAAAUCAGUCGACACUUUUCUAAAAGAAUUAGAAGCGAUGAAUACAACUACGCGUGAUUAUUUAUCAGAAGAACCUUGUUUGUUUAAUAAAACAACAAAAUCGAUAACUGCAUUUAGUAAUAUUCUUAGUGGAGAUUUAAAUUCGACCCAACUCAAUACCACAAAGACCACCUCCACCGAGCUGGAAGCUUCUUUAAAACAAUAUGAUAAAAAUAUAGAACCUAUUGCAGAAGUCUCAUCUCGUAAUCUUUCUUUGACAAAUGGAUGGAUGUCGAAUGGUAUUUGGAAUAUUUCCUGUAUGGAGCAUUUUACAAAUUUCACUAAAGCAUACAACAUAAGAUAUUCUAACAAGAAGCAAUUGCUGUCGCUGUAUGAAAUCAUACAAAAAUUGCAGCGCAUCAAUUAUUUAAAUACGUUGAUCCAAAUUAUCUUACGGGACGUGAUACCUACUGUUAAGUCUAACAUCGAGCCUGCAAACGCGGAGUAUGCGCAAGCGUACAAGACGAUAUUUAUUCUCUAUCAAGGUUUAAAUCCCAAAGUGCCGGUUUUAGUGAGAACCGACAUCUAAGUCUCACAUCACGAUAUAUUCUCUGUUACCAUAGUAAUGUCACUGUGUGUAUUACCUAAUUGAUAUCCACUUCUCAUGGAUAGACAAGAAUUGUGCAAAAUUGUAUGUUACAACAUCUUUUAUGAUAUCAUUACGCUGCGGAUUAAUAAUGUUUGUGCCGUUAAAUAUCUCUUAACAAUGUUUUGUGCCAUUAAGUAUUUCUUAAUAAAUGAAAAAAUAAAAUUUUAAUAU